AUGCUGACAACAAAGUUGAAGAAGACCAGGAAGCUGAGAGGCCAUGUCAGUCACGGACAUGGUCGUAUUGGCAAACACAGGAAGCAUCCUGGUGGUCGAGGUAACGCUGGUGGUCAACAUCACCACAGAAUCAACUUUGACAAAUACCAUCCAGGUUACUUCGGUAAAGUUGGUAUGAGAUAUUUCCACAAGACCAUGAACAAGUUCUUCUGCCCUACAGUGAAUGUGGACAAACUGUGGUCCCUCGUGUCCCAACAGACCAGGGACAAUUAUGCAAAUAACAAGGAGAAAGCUCCUGUUAUUGACGUCAUCAGAGCAGGAUAUUUCAAGGUUCUAGGAAAGGGAAAUUUGCCCAAGCAGCCCAUGAUAGUGAAGGCCCGCUUCUUCAGCCGAUCAGCUGAACUUAAGAUAAAGGCUGCUGGUGGUGCCUGUGUUCUAGUGGCAUAAUUAUGGACUUAAAAUUUUAUUUAUGGCAUUAAAUCGGGCAAUCCUAAAAAAA